AUGCUGCGUUACACGGCCAACCAGUCUCUUGAGCAGCUCCACGCUCGCUACACAGGUACCGGACAUGCGGACAUGACCAAGUACGAGUGGGCGACCCACCAGCACCGCGACACGCUUGCGUCGAUCGUCGGCCACCCUCCUCUGCUGGCGUACAUUUCGAUCGCUGAUGGCGAGUGCCAGGCCCGCGAGCGCUUCGAGGUCAUCGAGCCUUGCGGCCCUCCUCCUCCGAAGACGGAUGAGUAG